UGGCUUUUCCCUGUGCUGGGCAUCCCCUGCCCCAGCCUGAGGACAGCCGUGGAAUCAUGGAAUAUCCUGAGCUGGAAAGGACCCACCGGGAUCAUCAGUCCAGCCCCUGGCCCUGCACAGACACCCCAAAAUCCCACUCUCUGCAUCCCUGGGAGUGUUAUCCAAACCCUCCUGGAGCUGUGCCUGUUCCCUGAGGAGCCUGGUCAGUGCCCCAGAGCCAUCUGGGGGGAAGAACCUUUCCCAAAAUCCAACCUAAACCUCCCCUGACACAGCUCCAACCAUUUCCUCAGGUCACCAGAAACCUUCACCCUCUGGGUGAAGAACCUUUAUCCGAUCCCAGCCCUCUCAAGCGACCACGGCACCCUCACCACCUGCCUGAGGUGUGACCCAAACCAGCCCAAACCCACAGCUCAGCUGGGAGCAGGCACACACGGUGUGCUGGUGUUGUACCAAAACUCCCUGUAAAAAGGAGCUGGGCUGCUUGGAGUGUGCGUCCCCACAGCUCAGUGAGGGAUUUGGGAUUUUGUGUAUCCCCAGCAGUGCUCCAGCCACCAGUGUGAGAUGAUCUGGUGUUGUUUCCAGUGGCUGGAAGGAUUCCAUAGUGGAUAACAAGCCUUACAGCAUCCUCUAAGGGUUAGGGUUAGAGAAUAAGAGACAUAAAUUGAAAAUUUAUGAACUGCAGCAAACCACAAGAUGGUGCUGCCAGAAAAUGAUUCCAUGGGAGCAGCAGUCCUUGGCGUCAGAGAACUGAUGGAUUUUUCUGAUGCUUUUUAAUCAUCACCACUUCCAGCGUCUCAAAGCAAUCAUGCUCCUGUUAUAAACUGCUCCAUCAUCAAGAUCUUCCCCACUUCUGGGAAAGUCCUUGUCAAGAAUGUGGAAAUUUCAGGGAAUUAGAGAGAAAUCUUUCUUCAUAUCGCUGAGAGAGGAAUUUUAGAAAAUGAAUCAGAGGCAGAAUAAUUAAAGUUGGAGAGGAGAGGGACCAUCUUGACCCUUGAUGGAUGGCUGGAGCGUGGCUCUCGGGUGCUGCGUGUUAAAUCCCAUCCGUGGGGAGGCAGAUGUGGAGGAUUGGCCAGCACAGAGAGCACUGAGGCUGUUCUGUAAACACAGCAGCCUUGCAAAGCUGAGCUCAGAAGGGACCACACUGCUGGGUGUGAGUGGCUGCAGCUGAGAGCAGUGACACCACCACACACUGCUCCCAUCUCUGCUGCACGGGGCGGGCAGCAGGACUCCAGAGGCUGGGAAACAGCUCCUGUCCUUCCUCUUCACUGCUCACCUCGUUUGGAUGAGACCUGGGCAGGAAUAUUUGCUUGGGUACAGGGUGAAGAGCACAGAAAGCUGAUCUGAAGACAAGGAACUGCCUGUGGGUGCCUAAACCUGAUAUUCUCAACACCCAGACCUGAUAUUCUGAAUACCUAAGCCUGAUCUGAUGAACACCUAAGCCUGACAUCCUGAACAUCUAAGCCUGAUAUUCUGAGCACCUGAGCCUGAUAUCCUGAACCUAAGCCUGACAUCCUGAACACCCAGCUGAGCUCCAAGGUGGAGGGGGAUACCAAAGCCCACUGAGCAGCCCAUCACAGCUACCACAGCAACCCUCUGGGACCUCUUGGGAUCGUAAUCCUGGGAAAAACAACAGCAAAUUCUGUAGGACUCUGGAUUCUAAACCAAAAUAGAAAUUAGUGCCAAACUUCCAGGAGAUCUGCUUUGGGACUGAGGCUGGGAAAAGCACCUGAAGGAAGCAAACUGUGCUGAGCAGGUCCUGGGAGAGCAGGGGGCCCAAGGAGAGCUUUCCUUGCUUGCUCCACGAUGAUCUCUGGUUAAGGGCUCCUGGCCACAUGUGGAAGAGGCAGAAGAAGCCUUUGCAAGCUCCUUCCCAGCUCUGUUAGACCAAAAGCAAGGAAAUACUUUUGGAUAAGAGCGUGGGUUGGUGGAUCUUCCUGGAGGAUGUCUGGCCAGCACCCUGAGGACUUUGGAGCAGAAAUCCUGUCGGAAAAGUCCCGGAUGAUCCCUGGGCUCCCCCCGUAUGACAUGGAUGACCAGCUCCUUCCCAGGGAGCCCCGCAGCCCCUGGUGCUGCCUGGCCUGGACCCUGGUGAUAGGAACCAUGAACUCCCUGGUCUUCCUCCUGAAUUUGCUCCUGAUGUUUGUUAUUUUCACCGUCGUGCUGCUUCCUACCAUCGUGGUGGUUUACUUUGGCUUCCAGUGCCACUCCCAGGUGCUGCACUCCUCUGCCCGCUACUGCAAGAGCAUCCUGGACGACAACAGCUCCUCUGCCCUCAUCAUCCUGGGCUUUGUCAUCAUGUCCCCACUGCUGGUGGUGGCCAUGGCCAUUUACUGCAGCCUGGCACGGCGCCUGCAGCUCCUGGUGUGCUUCCAGCCCUACAGCCUGGCCCUGUACAAGGGGGGCCGCUGGUGCCGCCGCGGGGAGGGGGCUCCGUGCUGUGCCAGGGGCUGGGGCACCCAGCUCAAGGCCUGGGUGUGACCCUGCAGCACCAGCAGUGUCCCCUCCCUGUGCCCCGUCCUCAUCCUCAGCCCUCCCUGCAGAGCUGCUGCUGCUCAGCCAGGCCACCCCGUGGUUUAUCCCAAAAAUCUGCAAUGGAGUGGAAACACGGCGUGGGACAGGUGUGGGAUGGGCAGGGCAGCUUCAUCCUCCCAGAUCCUUCCAAAUCCUUCCAAAUCCUUCCAAAUCACCCUGUGGUUUAUCCCAAAAACCUGCAAUGGAGUGGAAGCACAGCAUGGGACAGGUGUGGGAUGGGCAGGGCAGCUUCAUCCUUCCAAAUCACCCCGUGGUUUAUCCCAAAAAUCUGGAAACACAGCGUGGGACAGGUAUGGGGAGGGCAGGGCAGCUUCAUCCUUCCAAAUCCUUCUGAAACCUUCCAUCCUUCCAUCCUUCCAAAUAAACCCUGUGAUUUUUCCCAAAAAUCUGCAAUGGAGUGAAAACAUAGUGUGGGAGAGGUGUGGACAAGGCAGGGCAGCUUCAUCCUUCCAAAUCCUUCAAUCCUUCCAAUUCACCCCGUGGUUUAUCCCAAAAAUCUGGAAACACAGCGUGGGACAGAUAUGGGGAGGGCAGGGCAGCUUCAUCCUCCCAAAUCCUUCCAAAUCCUUCCAUCCUUCCAAAUCACCCUGUGGUUUAUCCCAAAAAUCUGGAAACAUAGUGUGGGACAGGUAUGGGGAGGGCAGGGCAGCUUCAUCCUUCCAAAUCCUUCCAAAUCCUUCCAAAUCCUUCCAUCCUUCCAAAUCACCCUGUGGUUUAUCCCAAAAAUCUGCAAUGGAGUGGAAACACAGCGUGGGACAGGUGUGGGAUGGGCAGGGCAGCUUCAUCCUUCCAAAUCACCCCAUGGUUUAUCCCAAAAAUCUGGAAACAUAGUGUGGGACAGGUAUGGGGAGGGCAGGGCAGCUUCAUCCUUCCAAAUCCUUCCAAAUCCUUCCAAAUCCUUCCAUCCUUCCAAAUCACCCUGUGGUUUAUCCCAAAAAUCUGCAAUGGAGUGGAAACACAGCGUGGGACAGGUGUGGGAUGGGCAGGGCAGCUUCAUCCUUCCAAAUCCUUCCAAAUCCUUCCAAAUCCUUCCAUCCUUCCAAAUCACCCUGUGGUUUAUCCCAAAAACCUGCAAUGGAGUGGAAACACAGCGUGGGACAGGUGUGGGAUGGGCAGGGCAGCUUCAUCCUUCCAAAUCACCCCAUGGUUUAUCCCAAAAAUCUGGAAACACAGCGUGGGACAGGUAUGGGGAGGGCAGGGCAGCUUCAUCCUUCCAAAUCCUUCCAAAUCCUUCCAUCCUUCCAAAUAAACCCUAUGAUUUUACCCAAAAAUCUGCAAUGGAGCGAAAACAUAGUGUGGGAGAGGUGUGGAGAAGGCAGGGCAGCUUCAUCCUCCCAAAUCCUUCCAAAUCCUUCAAAAUCCUUCCAAAUCACCCUGUGGUUUAUCCCAAAAAUCUGCAAUGGAGUGGAAACACAACGUGGGACAGGUGUGGGAUGGGCAGGGCAGCUUCAUCCUUCCAAAUCCUUCCAUCCUUCCAAAUCACCCCGUGGUUUAUCCCAAAAAUCUGGAAACAUAGUGUGGGACAGGUAUGGGGAGGGCAGGGCAGCUUCAUCCUCCCAAAUCCUCUCUGGUGUUGUUUUUGCUGUUGUUUGUUGGUGUUGUUCCUGCUCAUCACUGGCUGCUGUCCCCUUUAGAACCAUUUGGUCUGCCCUUUAGAACCUUUCCCAGUUUUCUGGAGAAAUAAAGUUUGUGCCCAAUC